GCACACGGCUGUCACUCUUGUGCUCAGCCGUAGGCUUGAACGUCACGCUAAGGUUGCUUGUAGAAAAACGGUGUCGUACAAUGCGACUUAAAGUAGAUGAGUUUAGUAUAGCACCUCGUCGUAGUUAUUCUAUACGUCGGCUCUCGAAACAUACAUCCAGUAAUUGAUCUGUUAGUGACCUACAGUUGACGGUUUCUCGUCCAUCGACUGCAACUGCACUGUACAGUGACGGCUGCUGCUGUCCGCACUGUCCAUCGCAAGAAAUAACUGUAGACUAGUCGAGACAUGACCGAUCUUAUUUUUUGGGACCAGUUGCAGGCUGGCAGCUCCGAUGUGGACUGGUGUGAAGGGAACUACAUGAUUUACCCAAGUAUUGCAGAGUUUUAUAACACGAUCAGCAACAUCUUAUUUUUUGUUUUACCGCCUAUAUUAAUGUGCUUGUUCCGUCAAUAUGCAACACAUUUCAACAGUGGAAUAUAUCUCAUUUGGAUUCUGCUGGUUGUUGUUGGUAUUGGCUCCACAUACUUCCAUGCCACCCUGAGCUUCCUGGGUCAGAUGCUGGAUGAGCUGGCUAUCCUGUGGGUGCUGAUGUGUGCCAUCGCCAUGUGGUUUCCUAAGAGAUACCUCCCUAGAAUGUUCCGGAAGGACAGGACAAGGUUCAAAGUGGUGAUAGGAAUCUUGUCUGGGAUCACCACUGGUCUGGCCUUCGUUAAGCCUAUUGUCAACUCGGUGUCACUUAUGACUCUCGGCAUCCCCUGUACUGUUCUGCUAAUCACUGAGCUUAGAAGGUGUGAGAACCCGCGUGUCUUCAAGCUGGGUCUGAUCUCAGGCAUCUGGUGGGCGCUGGCUCUGCUCUGCUGGAUUAGCGACAGGAUCUUCUGUGAGAUGUGGUCCUACGUCAACUUCCCCUACCUGCACUGCGCUUGGCACAUCCUCAUCUGCCUGGCGUCCUACCUGGGCUGUGUGUGUUUUGCCUACUUCGACGUGGCGACCGAGGCACCAGAGCGGGGUCCCGUCAUCAUGUUCUGGCCCAACGAAAGAUGGGCCUUUAUCGGGGUGCCCUACAUCACCCUGCUGUGUGUCAACACAAAGUCUUCAGUCAAGGUCACAUAGGUCUUGUUCCUGCUGUCUGUGCUUUCCACAUCCAAUCUCCCUCAGGUGCAGGUGUCUGCUUGGAAUGUGCCCAAAGCAUGGCCGGGUGGGGUUUUUACGUUGGUGGAGUUGGUUGUUUAGGGUUUCUCUAAAUGAAGUAUGAAUCAAAAGUGUGGGCGGGCGAGUCUCCAGACGACAUUCCCUUUUCUUCUCUCUUCCAUCCAUCACAUGAGACAGAUUCAGGGUUAAGGUUUACACAUCUAGACCUCUUUACAAUAUGCGUCUGCCCAGGGGACUCAGAUGCGACACACACAGGGCCUUAAGGCCCCAAGACCCUGCCAGAAUGGGUUUGAAUCAGCAUCAUGCAUGUGAAAUGCCAGGCAGUUUCAAGGGGCGAUUAACACUUCUAUUUCAAAAACAUUUACACAUCACUCGUAUCAGUGUUUGGCUAAAUUGGGGCUUUUGCAAUUACUGAUAAUGGGUCUUUCAAUAAAGAACCUCCUCAGAUGGCUUCGCAUGUCCUUAUAAACAUAUUUGAAACGUCCAGUGUGGGGAAGUGUAGGUAUGCAGCCAGGCCAUUGUGAAAUUAUGUCAAACAAAGCAAUGGGGCACUGAGAUAUACAAAUGAGAUUAUGAAAACUAAUCUCUUAACCUCAUGCCUACUUUCACAAUGCCUUAAACAAAUUAUGGACAAGCUAUUUUGAAUAUGUUUAUAAGGAAACUACUAAACACUAAUGAAAAAGGUCAUUUCUGACUGCCUGUAUAGGCCUCACCGUUCCAAAUGACCAGAAUUUGCAAAACAGAGUUCUUGGUAAUGGCUUUUGUGCUCUAUUUCGUUUACAGCACACCUAAAUAAUUUAAGGACAGUGUUAUAAAAGCACUUUGAGAGAAUUUCUGCAAAGUAUUACUUCAGUUAUCUUCUCAUAUUUGUAUUGAGUUUAGAGUCUUUGUGUAUGUCCUCCAAAUGUAAAGGGAAAAAUGUGUACAAACAUAUCAUUAGGGACAUCAAGAUGUAGAUUCUCAAGGGCACAGGUACCGGGUUGAGCUGGAGAACAGUUGUGUUGACAUGAAAAGGUUUUUUUUUUCUUUUUUGAAGAGUGGUUUGAUUCUAGCUAAUCAUGACAGUAAAUUAUAACCAAUGACAUAUAUAUUUUAUGUGAAAGGCAUGAUAAGUAUAUAGGUGAAAUAUAUGUUUCUUCUGUUGGUGUCAUCUUCUAUGCUAUUUGAUGACAGUGCAAUUGCCAUGCGUUGUUGAGUCAUCCCCAUGUUGGGAGACUGGAAUGUUCUGUGGUUGUCACUCUCUGUGGCCUGGUUCAUAAAGUUGCACAUAAACACAGUUUUAAUAGGAGAACAAACAAAAAACAAAGUAUUUCAACAUGAUACAAUACUCGUCAUUCUACGUCUAAUAUCAGACAUCCUCUGGAGACUGAUGUUUAAUAUCUGACAUUUAUCUAGUAUCAGACAUCCUCUGGUGACUGAUGUUUAAUAUCUGACAUGUAUCUAGUAUCAGACAUCCUCUGGUGAAUGAUGUUUAAUAUCUGACAUGUAUCUAGUAUCAGACAUCCUCUGGUGACUGAUGUUUAAUAUCUGACAUGUAUCGGGUUUUGAGCCAGACGUCAGACGUCACUAUUCCCAGUUAAGUCAUGGUUACUUGUGCCAAAAUGUUUGCAGAUUUUUUUUCUUUUUUUAUGUUUUGCAUGGCAUGGUUUCUAAGUACAGGUGUGAGUGCAGAGUUUGGUUGGUUAAGACUGUAGAAAUGACCAUAUUUUUGUGAACCUGACAGUCUUUUUCCAAACACCAGGAACCUCAUUCAGUGAGAUGAUCUGUUGUCAAAGCAUGGACGGAUUGUUAAUGUUGUACAGCUUUACUGUUAGAAAGGAAAGGAUUGUCAUUGGAUGCAUUAUCAACACACUAUAAUGUAAUAACAAAUUGCCAUUUCAUCUUUGAUUAAUACUGUUCAUGUAGAAAAUUGUUGAACUAGGGUGAGUCUUUUAGGAGUGAGAUCGUGGGUAAAAGAAGAGGGCUUCACUUGGGGAAACUAAUUUGCUUGCAAGAAGUUGAGUUGCACGGUAUAAACAUUUAAAGGCAGCACCAAAAAAACCUAAGAAACACCUGUUUCAAAACUGUCUCCAAUGAUGUGAUAUGUUUUGUAA